AUGGCAAAAAUGAGUCUCUCUUCCUACCUAUUAAUCCUAACUUUUUCUCUGUUUUCUCAAGGCAUUUUACUUUCAGCAUCCAAAUCCAUAAGAAAUUUAGAAGAUGACAUGGUAUUUAAUACAUUCAGGCUGGGGAAAGCCUUUCAGAAGGAAGAUACUCCACAAAAAUCAGUUGCUGCUCCUUCUCUGGAACAAUAUAAAAAUGAUGAGAGCAGUUUCAUGAAUGAUGAGGAAAACAAAAAUUCAAAGAACACAGACUCCAAACAUAAUUUCUUAAAUCAUGGUCUGCCACUGAAUCUGGCUAUAAAACCUUAUCUUGCACUAAAAGGAUCUGUAGCUUUUCCAGCUGAAAAUGGAGUUCAGAAUAUUGAAUCAACACAAGAAAAGAGAGAAAUUGGGGAUGAAGAAAACUCAGCUAAAUUUCCUAUAGGAAGGAGAGAUUUUGACAGUGAGUAG